UGUUGGGAAGAUAUAUGUUUAUCGUUGCAAGAAGAGUACUUCAAACUAUGUGACGUACAGGUCUUUCUGAAUGGUAAGUUCUACCAAAGUUUUGCAGUUGCAAGUGAAUGCGUCAAUUUGUCUUAUCAAUUAACAGCUGUAUUAGUAUAUGAAUUUCGUAAUAGACCUUGGAGUCCGUGGAGUCCGUGGAGUCUUUGUGGCUCAGUGGUCGAGCAUCGGCGCGCGAAAUCCGAAGGUCUGGCGUUUGACUCCUCAAAGGGACUCAGAAUUUUUUUUUUAUCCCAUGUUCGUAACGAGACGAAAAACAACUUUCUCUAUUUCUUUAUCGAGCUCAAAACUUACCACCUCUCUUAUCAUCUCUCUGAAUUCGAAGGUCUGAAGUUCAAAUCCUCAUGGAGACGAAAGAACAUCUAUACUAGUAAUGUACUAGUAUUCAUCUCCGGCUGA